GUCAACAAUUAAUCAUUUAUUUAAUGGGGGGAAUAUCAUAAAAAUGGUUACCCCCACAAUUGCAGCUGUCAAUUCCAACGAAUUAUUUUCUUUAAUUGAUAAUAAUAAUAAUGAGAAAAUUAACCAUGGAGCAGCGGUAAAAUUGAUCUCUUCUGAAAAAGCGAGGCAACAUUUAUAUUUUGUUGAUGAUGAAAGUCAAAAAGACGAAUUAAAUAAUUCUAGAGAAAAUGGUCAAUUGCCUAAUUGCAAACAAUUCCCUGAAAGAAGAUUUAAAAGAAAUAAACAAUGGACUAGAUCAUCUCCAUAUUCUUUGUGGAAAGCUAAAUUUAUGUUGGAUUAUCAAUGUUCAGAAGACGAUCUCAAAAAAGAACUUUUAAUGGCUUCUUUUUCACAUUUUGGUGUAUUUUUGCUUAUGUUUUUACAUAUUUUAUUUGGAUCUUUUAUUUUUAUUCAAAUAGAUUCAAUUAUUGGAGAAAAGCCUUUUUAUGAAGUUUUUCUUUUUUCUUUUACAACAAUAACAACAAUUGGUUAUGGAAAUAUUGCCCCAAAAAGUCCUUUAGGAAGAUUAUUUUGUGUUUUUUAUUGUGUUUUUGGAAUUCCUUUAGCAUUUAUAACAUUAACACAAGUUGGGCAAUUAAUAACUGAAAUAUAUUGGAUUUGUUUAAUUUCUUUUAAAAAUUGGAAAAAAAGAGAGAAAGAAGAGGAGGAAGAGGAAAAUGAAGGAGAGAAAGAAGAUGAGAUUUUUGAGCAAUUAGCGGAAAUAGAACAACAAUUACCGAUUAUUAUAAUUACUAUUUUAAUUGUUUUGCAUUCUUUAAUUGGUGGAUUGUUAUUUCAUUUUGUUUUUGACAAUAUGCCGUUAUUUAGAGCUAUUUAUUUUAGUUUCAUAAGUAUAACAACAAUUGGCUUUGGCGAUAUUUGUCCAAAACCUAAAAAUUUACUCGAAACAAUUUCUAUAAUUAUUUAUCUCAGUUCUGGAAUAUCAAUAAUGUCUACAAUGUUUGGUGCAUUAGGUGAAAAUCUUCGCCGAAUUCAUUAUUUGGGAAGAAAUUUUAGUGGAAGUCAAGAUGUUUGUAUUUGGUUUAGUGGAAGAUAUAUUUCGAUUAAAGAAUUAGUUACUUUAGUAUCUAAUCAAUUUAAUGCUUCGCCUGAAAGACUUCGAGAAGUUUUGGAUGAAUUAGAUAUACUUACUAAAUUAGCAACAUUAAAUGGAAAUUCUAAAGAAAUUAAUAAACAAAUAAAUUCAACAAAAAAUAAUUUAAAUAUUAUCGAACAAUUAAAUAAUAAUAAAAAAUUAUCUACUUCAUCAUCAUUAAGUACAGAAAGAGAAAGGAUGAUACAAGCAUUGGGUACUUUACACCAAAUUGGUUUAAAAGGAACUAGAACAUUUCGAACUCCAUCAAUGAAUUCAUUUACAGCAUAUGUUCGAAAUAACUUUUUUGUUCAGGCGGAAUUAUCACAGAAUACUGUAACGAGAAGUUUAGAUGAUGAAAAUUUAAUUGUUUGUAGAAAACCUUUUUUUGAAUAA